UAAUGUUAAUUUCAUCUUCAUGAAUCAUUCAUGUGGGCUCUUGUCUACCUUUGAGCUCUAUUUUUCACACUUAAACAUAUUGUAGCUGUGUUGAAAUUGGAGCACAGAGAGCACAAUGCAUUAUUCAUCAUUCUAUUGUGAUAAAUGUUUUUAAGGUACUGUCUUUUCUUGCCUGGAUCUAUUGUAAUAUUUUAUUGUGGGAUGUUAGUUUCUCUCCCCAGUGUUUCUCUCCCCCAAGUUGAGCAAAAACAAAAACCUGUUGGUGAAAACCGUGAAGCAGCUCUUACUGAAGAGAAUACUGGUGGGAGAAGUCUCCGGCCCUGCGUAGUCCUGACGGCAGUACCAAACCAGUGUAUGUUUCAGUGGGUCAAAAGAUCAACCUGGACACGGCCCUGCGCCUCACACACUCCUGCUACCGUGUCCCAGAGCAUAUCAGACAGUCUGCACACAAUCAUCAAGUUUGCGGACGACACAACAGUGGUAGGCUUGAUUACCAACAACGACGAGACGGCCUACAGGGAGGAGGUGAGGGCCCUCGGAGUGUGGUGUCAGGAAAAUAACCUCACACUCAACGUCAACAAAACUAAGGAGAUGAUUGUGGACUUCAGGAAACAGCAGAGGGAACAUCCCCCUUUCCACAUCGAUGGAACAGUAGUGGAGAGGGUAGCAAGUUUUAAGUUCCUCGGCAUACACAUCACAGACAAACUGAAUUGGUCCACUCACACAGACAGCAUCGUGAAAGAAGGCGCAGCAGCGCCUCUUCAACCUCAGGAGGCUGAAGAAAUGUGGCUUGUCACACUCACAAACUUCUUCAGAUGCACAAUCGAGAGCAUCCUGGCGGGCUGUAUCACCGACUGGUACGGCAACUGCUCCGCCCUCAACCGUAAGGCUCUCCAGAGGGUAGUGAGGUCUGCACAACGCAUCACCGGGGGCAAACUACCUGCCCUCCAGGACACCUACACCACCCGAUGUUACAGGAAGGUCAUAAAGAUCAUCAAGGACAACAACCACCCGAGCCACUGCCUGUUCACCCCGCUAUCAUCCAGAAGGCGAGGUCAGUACAGGUGCAUCAAAGCUGGGACCGAGAGACUGAAAAACAGCUUCUAUCUCAAGGCCAUCAGACUGUUAAACAGCCACCACUAACAUUGAGUGGCUGCUGCCAACACACUGUCAUUGACACUGACCCAACUCCAGCCACUUUAAUAAUGGGAAUUGAUGGGAAAUGAUGUAAAUAUAUCACUAGCCACUAAACAAUGCUACCUUAUAUAAUGUUACUUACCCUACAUUAUUCAUCUCAUAUGCAUACGUAUAUACUGUACUCUAUAUCAUCGACUGCAUCCUUAUGUAAUACAUGUAUCACUAGCCACUUUAACUAUGCCACUUUGUUUACUUUGUCUACAUACUCAUCUCAUAUGUAUAUACUGUACUCGAUACCAUCUACUGUAUGCUGCCCUGUACCAUCACUCAUUCAUAUAUCCUUAUGUACAUAUUCUUUAUCCCCUUACACUGUGUAUAAGACAGUAGUUUUGAAUUAUUAGUUAGAUUACUUGUUGGUUAUCACUGCAUCGUCGGAACUAGAAGCACAAGCAUUUCGCUACACUCGCAUUAACAUCUGCUAACCAUGUGUAUGUGACAAAUAAAUUUGAUUUGAUUUGGAGUCUGUUAGUGUUAUUCUGCAUUCCUGCCACUAGACUGUGCUGUUCCCUUAGAGAAAAGUGUGGUGCCAUAACUCAUCUGCCUUACACACUGUGCUGCUGUCAAAAUCAGCCCUGCACUGCACCCAGUGCUAUCACACACACACACACACACAUAAACUCACUCACUCACUCGCUCUUUCUCACUCUCUCUACCCCCCCCUCUCUGUCUCUCACUGUCAUUUUUCUCCACUGCAGUCAACACACACACACACACACACACACACACACACACACACACACACACACACACACACACACACACACACACACACACA